CUUCCGAAAGAGCUUCAAAACAUGGCGGAAAAGAAGUAGGAGGCACCUAGCUUUGGUUCUGUUUUCUUUCCAGUUUCGUGCGGUCACGCUGCUGCUAACUUAAGAUCACAGUGGGCGGGUGAAUUUAGAGAAAGAUGGACUUUGACCAGACACAAGCGAUUGACUGGGACCAGUAUGAGGACUCCACUGAUGAUGAAGUCGACAGUGAUCCCAAACCUGUGGCCCAUCUGAAGGUGUUGUGUCAGAGAGGGUUCCCUGAAACUCUCUUCCCACUCUACCAGGGAGACAACCUGAUUGGCCGCAGUGACACUUGCAAUGUUCAUGUCCCUCUAACGUCAUUAUCAAAGAAGCAUGCCUGUAUUGAGGUUCGUGGUGACACCCACUUCAUAUAUGACUGUGGGAGCAGGAACAGAACAAGGCGUGGAGAAAAGCUGUUCCUGGUGCCUAACCAGCGUUACGAGCUACAGCAUGGUGUGAAGCUGUACCUGGCUGAUGUCAGCUGUGAAUACGUCAGGGAAGAACAGCCCGCUGUCCAGGCAACUGUUGAUGACUCUGGUUCAGAGACAGGUUCCGAGUCCUUGUUCACUGGACUGUCGGAAGAGCAGCAGCAAGACAACGUUCAGCCUGACCUGAUUCCUAAGACCCCAGCUGCCCCCACGUCAGAUCAGACUCGCCUGUAUGUGGAGGAGUCAGGCAGUGAGGGGGAUGGCAGGAAGAGUGUCAACACCAGUGACUUCAUCGUACAAGACUCCCAACCAACUCCACAACCUGUGAAAUCUGCUAUUCCCUUAGUAUUUGGCAGUCCUGGAAAUGAAGAAAGCCCAAUCCAAAAGUCACAUACAUUUGUCGAGGACAGUGAAGAAGAUGAUGAUGACAAGCCACUUCUUGACGACUCAGAUAUUGCCAAUGCAGCCACGCAAGCGUACGCCCUCAACAGCUCAGUGGAGGAGGACGAGGAUUCUCUCCCUGAUAUCGCCAUGGAGCCAACCCAAGCCUAUGUCUUAAACAGCUCCCAUGAGGAGGACAACUUUGCUGACUGUCCAACACAAGCGUAUGGCCUGGACAGCGACACAGACAUCGAGGAUGCUGAUGGUGGAGUGUCUGCUGCUACCCAGCCAGUGGAAGGACAAAUAUCUGAAAGAACUGCAAAUAAAGACAGGGAAGCCACACAGGUGUGCAGUGAGGAAGAUGUACCCACAGAUGAACCCACACAGCCAUUACAAGACUCCUUUGACAGGAACGAACCAACUCAAACUGUGGGGGACACAUUGCCAUUCACCACUGCUGACCAGGAGGAACCUCCUCCCACCCUACCUGUCCACCCCCAUGAAGAAAUGGAAGGUACCCUGCCUGUUGCAGCACUAGGGAAGAUAGAUGAACAGCCAACUUUGAUGAUUCACAGUGAAGAAGCUACCCAAAGGUCCGAGGGAAAUGACAGAACAAACAAGUCUGAGAUAAACAAGAAUGGAACAGGCAGCUCUCAAGGAUUUGUGACAUCAGAAAACAACAGCAAACCAAAGGCAUACCCAUAUGACACAGAUUCAGAGACUGAAAAAUAUAAGAAUGUUUUUGAAGAAGCCACCCAAGCGUAUGCUCUGGAAGAAGAGGAUAUAGAGGAAGAGAUGACACAGUCAGAAGGAAUGGAAGAACAGAUGGAUGAUGCAGAAGAGGCAACCCAAGCAUUCAGAAGCGAGGAAGAGACACUAGAACCAGAGACACAGUCUUUUGGGGAAGGAGAAGAAAAGGGACAUGCUGGAACUCCAGAAGAGGCAACCCAAGGUAGCAACAGUCAUGAGGAGGACACAGUAGAAGAGACACAGACUUUCGGUGAUCCAGACAGCCAACAGGGAAAAGAUUCAAACAUGGCUGAAGCAGAGACUCAAGCCUAUGGAGAUGAAGAAGACACUGAAACCAAAGUUGUCAGCAGUACUGAGGUUGAUGAUGACUUUGCCAACAUGGAGACACAGGCAUAUGGAGGGGAGGAGGAGGAGGAGAUAGAUGACUUAGCCAAUGCUGCAACUCAGGCCUAUGGAUUGUUCAAUCAAGAGGCUGAAACACCAGAACCAGAGGCAGAUGAGCUGGCAACAGCUGAAACCUUGGCAUAUGGUGAGGAGGACAUGGAGGCAACGCAGGCGUACGGUGUGGAGUCUGUGGACUCAGAACCAGAACCAACACAGGGAGACAAGACAGAAGGAGAGUCCCAAGACAUUCCUGAUUCACCGACCAUGGCUUACGAUGACCAGCUGGGUGAGACCCAGGCUUAUGGAGUUGAAGCAGAGGACGAGGAUGUUCAUGAGGAAGAAGAAGUUGUUCCUGAAACACAGGAGGAUGACGGAGAUGUGGCCACACCCAUCCCCCUCCCACCGCUGAAGUCGGCCCUACACAGUCCUGACAGACCCAGGAGGCAGGCCCACUCAGUCGGCUUUACCGACAAGCUACAGGCUGAUGAGCCGGCUGCAGGUCCUGAGGACCACCUGAUACACACUCAGGCUUAUGGAGCAGCUGAGGAGGAAGAUACUGAUGCAGCUGUCAAGGUUACUGAGGUCACCAGUGAUGGGACAGAAGUACAGGAGUCUGAGCAGGAUGUGGAGCCAGCUGCUGCUUCUGAAUCUGAUGAUGAACUGAUGGAAACUCAAGCUUACGGACUUGAUGAAGGAGAAGAGAAUGGUGCAGUCAUCCAGACCCCUGAGGGAGCUGAAAGAAAGGAGACAAUUCCCUCUGAGAGUCCAGCUUCAGGAGGGAGAGCUCUAAAAGAAACCAAAGGUCAAGAAAUAGAGGUGUCUAUAGAACCAGGAAGCAACAAAGUAAGACAGAAGCAAAGGGGUAAAAAUGCAUCAGAGGAGAAAACCUUUGCAGAAGUUGAAGAGGCUCUCACCAGGAGGAGUGCCAGAGGUCACAAACAAGAUGAAUCUGCAGACACCAAUGGUGCAGCUGUGGGUGUUUCAGAUGACUUGGCUGCAGAAAAACCAGUGAGGUUGGGCCGUGGGAGGAGAUCAGCACCGCCUGCAAAAGAAGCAGCAGAGGACAAACCUCAACGUCAGUCUAACAGGAGAGCCAGUAGGUUCCAGAGGAAGGGUGAUGAGGAAAAUGAGGAGGAUGUCCAGGCUGGCAGCAGCAACAACAUCAAGAAACCCAGGUCCAGAGGGAGGAAGUCUGAACCAGCUCCAAGCACAAGUAAAUCUGAUCACCAGGAAGAAGCUGUUGAUACUGUUGAUGCAACAGGUGAAAACGUAGACGAGGACACAGACAGUAGAGCCCCAGAAGGACCAACAGCUGGAAGAACAACCAGGAAAGGGCGGGGAAGGAAAUCUGAGCCAGCACCUGCUAGCAGUGCUGUGGAAUCUACCAGUAACACAGGUAGGGGGAGGGGCAGGAGAAGGAAAGACAAUGACACAGAGAGUGUUGCAUCAGACAUUACAGAUGACUUAGAGGAGACAAGACCUUCCAGAAGAUCAGUGAGAGGGAAGAAGAAAGUAGACGAUGAGGUUGAGCAGGUAAAAAAACAGGAAAGUAGAAGGAGAACAAGAGGAAGAGCAGCUAAGGAUAAUGAUGAAACAGAAGAGGUGGCUCUGGAAGAUGAACAGACAGAGGUUAACAGUUCUGAAAAUAUCAACAGCACUGCAGCAAAGGGUGAAGAGACAAUAGAAAUGAGUGCUCCAGAUCAGUUACCAGCAACCAGACGGGGUAGGGGUAGAAAGAGUGUGGCAGCGACUACAAGAAGAGGUAAAGGAAGUGCUGUUGAGGAAAGUGACAAAGACAAAGGUGAAGAAUCUCACGUUGAAGGUGUUGAAAAUGCAGUGCCAAAGAUCGUUGUCAGUGAAGAAGCCCCUGGACCAAGUGGCCGUCAGACCAGGAAAAGGAAAGGAGCAGCUGCUGAAGACAAGGAACCACCUGCUGCUGAGGACCAGGAAGCUGAAGAGGCUGGUGGGAACAACAAGAUCAGAGCAAAGAGAGGGCGACAAGCUUCCAAGGAAGAAGCCAAGGAAACAGUAGAAGAAAUCAGUCAGCCAAGGGGAAGAGGAAGGAAGAAGGCUAGAAGUGGACAAAUGAAUGAAGGCGGGGAAGAAGAUGCAGAGAAUGCUGAUCUACAGGAAACAACCACCAGCCGCAGACGAGGUAGGAGUGGUCAGAAAUCAGCAGAGAAUGCAGGUUCACAAGUCUCAGCCAAAAUGACUCCACCUGAAGCACCUGAAGUUUUAAGCAGUCCCAGUCAAAGGACGAGAAGGGCCAUCUCUGGGGACAGCAAACCUAAGAUCAUGUUUACUGGAGUGGUGGACAGGCAGGGAGAAAAGAUAGUGAAGGACUUGGGAGGUGAUCUGGUAGACUCUGUCACCACCUGCACACAUCUGGUCACAGACAAGGUGAGAAGAACAGUGAAAUUCCUGUGUCUGCUGGCCCGAGGUCAGCUGAUUGUCAGCACAGACUGGCUGGACAGGUGCAGGGACUGUAGGACCUUCCUGGAUGCAGCUCCCUUCAUGAUAAAAGACCCAGCUACAGAGAAACAGUACAACUUCUGCCUGGCCACGUCCCAUGAGAAGGCCCAUGAGGCUCCCAUGUUGGAGGGGUACAGGCUACAUGUCACUGCUGGGGUGAGACCUGACCCCACUCAGAUGAAAGAUAUCAUCAACUGUGCUGGAGGAGAGUUCCUGAAGACGAUGCCCAGCACCUGUAGAGACGGGACUGUUGUGGUGUCAUGUGAGGCAGACAGGAAGCAGUGUGAGCCGGCCCUGAAGGCAGGAGUUCCUGUUGUCACUGCAGAGUUCCUCCUGACGGGGAUCCUACGACAGGAAGUCGACAUCCAGGCUCACAGACUGUUUGCAGACUUUGGCAAAAGUUCCAACAAGAGAAAGAGUGCUGCACCGGCUGCUGACACAGGCAAGAGAUCCAGGCGUCGAUAGGUCAUGUCCAGACCUAGUAUUUACUUAGUACUCCAUUUACUUACACUUUGCCAUGUGGUAAUUUACUACAUCUUUCUUCAGACAGUCUCAUUGUUUGGUACAAAGGGACACAGAGUAAUGGAAAGAUGACAACAGUCUACUUGACAGAAAAUCUAUCAGAUAAGUUAUAUUUGUAGUUGUAUUGCCUUGUUCAGUGUACGCCUAAGGUUUGCAUGCUACAAACUAAUCCGUGAAGAUGUCUACAUUUUUAAAUAUAUGAGCCAGCAUUCCAUAGAAGAUAGACAUUCUACAUUCCACUUUACUCAGUCUUUACUUAUUUUAAGAACUUCUAAUGAACCUUUUGGUUUGAGUGAGUUUGGUUUGAGUUUUUGCAAUGACAUAAGUUACAAGAGGCCAGAGCUGGCUAGUAUGAUACACACAUGUAUAGUGUGACAUGUAUACUGUACUUGUAACAGUCAAAAAUAGCACAUAUUUUUAAUCACAUAACAAACAUCACAAUUCUUUAGUGAGCUAAAACUCUUUGUGUUAGAUCAAUGCUUGAGCUCUGUACUAUGUUACAUGUACACAUGUACUACUUACAUGUACAAAAUGUAUUCAUAACAUGUAGCAUCAGUGAAAUAUCUGUAGAAUAGCAUUCUUAUUUUUUUUUUCAAU